AUGCAAGCUAAAACUAUUUUCGCCGCUAUUGCUUUAACCUUCUUUUCUGUUCAAGCACAGAACGUCAGUAACACAACUGCAACAUCUUCUGCUAUAGUAUCUAUUCCAGAAUCGUCUGAAGUUAGUACAGUUGGUGUACCAGCAGUAACUUCAGGGAACGCAACAACAAUAAGCACAUCCCCACAGGUAACAGCUACUAUUCCUAGUGGAAAUGGCAGUACAAAUGGUACUUUCACUACCAAGGUGUCUACUGGCGGUGCCGUAGCAAGGACCAUGGGUGCUGGUGUUUUCGGUGCUGCUAUUGCCGCUGGUUUAGCCUUAGUGUUAUAA